AAGGGGACCAUUCUAAGGUGCCCCGGGAAUAGGCGGCUCUCCCCGGGGCCGGGCGUCCUGGGGCACUCGUACCCAUUAGCCCCGCUGCAGGCGAAUCGGGCUUUGGGGGAAGAGGAAGAAAAGUCGGAUUACAAGAUCAACCACCACCAACAACAAUAAAAACCACCAGGAUAUUUCUUUGCAAAUUUCUGACGGCUUUAAAUUCAUGAAGCAAUUGUCCCCUUUUGCAAUCAGCAUUUGGAUCUCAGAAUGAGCAAGGAAAGACCCAAGAGGAAUAUCAUUCAGAAGAAAUACGAUGACAGUGAUGGGAUUCCAUGGUCAGAAGAAAGGGUGGUACGUAAAGUCCUUUAUUUGUCUCUGAAGGAGUUCAAGAAUGCCCAGAAGAGGCAGCAUGGUGAAGGCAUUCCUGGGAGCUUGAAAACAGUAAAUGGGCUCCUUGGUAAUGGCCAGUCUAAGGGAUUAGGACCAGCAUCAGAACAGUCAGAGAAUGAGAAGGAUGAUGCAUCCCAAGUGUCUUCUACUAGCAACGAUGUUAGUUCUUCAGAUUUUGAAGAAGGGCCGUCGAGGAAAAGGCCCAGGCUGCAAGCACAAAGGAAGUUUGCUCAAUCUCAGCCGAAUAGCCCCAGCACAACUCCAGUAAAGAUAGUGGAGCCAUUGCUACCCCCUCCAGCUACUCAAAUUUCUGACCUCUCUAAAAGGAAGCCUAAGACAGAAGAUUUUCUUACCUUUCUCUGCCUUCGAGGUUCUCCUGCGCUGCCCAACAGCAUGGUAUAUUUCGGAAGCUCUCAGGAUGAGGAGGACGGCGAGGAGGAAGAUGAUGAGACAGAAGAUGUCAAAACAGCUACCAACAAUGCUUCAUCUUCGUGCCAGUCAACCCCCAGGAAAGGAAAAACCCACAAGCAUGUUCACAAUGGGCAUGUUUUCAACGGUUCUAGCAGGUCAUCACGGGAGAAGGAACCUGUGCAAAAACACAGAAGCAAAGAGGCCACUCCCGGCAAGGAGAAGCACAGCGAUCCCCGGGCCGACAGCCGGAGGGAGCAGGCUCCCGCGAGCCACCCGCCCAUGGCCCCCUCCACGGGCUCCUUGGCCAAGGGGCCCGCUGCUGCCCACCACCACCCCCCUCUGCAUCGGUCGGCUCAGGACUUACGGAAACAGGUUUCGAAGGUAAAUGGAGUCACUCGAAUGUCAUCUCUGGGUACAAGUGCAACCAGUGCCAAAAAGAUGCGCGAAAUCAGACCUUCACCGUCCAAAACUGUGAAGUACACUGCAACGGUGACGAAGGGGACUGUCACAUACACCAAAGCCAAGAGAGAACUGGUCAAGGAAACCAAACCCAAUCACCACAAGCCCAGCUCAGCUGUCAACCACACAAUCUCAGGGAAAACUGAAAGUAGCAAUGCAAAAACCCGCAAACAGGUGCUAUCCCUCGGGGGGGCGUCCAAGUCCACCGGGCCCGCCGUCAAUGGCCUCAAGGUCAGUGGCAGGUUGAACCCAAAGUCAUGCACUAAGGAGGUGGGGGGGCGGCAGCUGCGGGAGGGGCUGCGGAAUUCCAAGAGGAGACUGGAAGAGGCACACCAGGCAGAAAAGCCACAGUCACCCCCCAAGAAGAUGAAAGGGGCGGCCAGCUCUGCCGAAGCCCCUGGCAGGAAGGUGGCCCCUGCUCCGGCUCCGGCUCCGGCUCCGGCUCCGGCUCCGGCCCCGGCCCCGGCCCCGGCCCCGAACCCGACCCCGGCCCCUAUCCCAACCCCGGCGGAGAGGGCUCCGCUGAACGGACACGUGAAGAAGGAAGUGCCCGAGCGGAGCUUGGAGAGGAACCGGCCAAAGCGGGCCGCAGCCGGGAGGAGCACGCCGGGCAGACAAGCACACGGCAAGGCGGACAGCGCCUCCUGUGAAAAUCGUUCUACCUCGCAAUCGGAGCCCUUGCACAAGCCGCACGAGGCCGCGGCCAAGCCCGAGAAGGGGACCGGCCGGGCCGGGUGGGCGGCCAUGGACGAGAUCCCCGUGCUCAGGCCUUCGGCCAAGGAGUUCCACGACCCACUCGUCUACAUCGAGUCGGUGCGCCCUCAGGUGGAGAAGUACGGCAUGUGCAGGGUCAUCCCCCCUCCGGACUGGCGGCCCGAGUGCAAGCUCAACGACGAGAUGCGGUUCGUCACGCAGAUCCAGCACAUCCACAAGCUGGGCCGGCGCUGGGGCCCCAACGUGCAGCGGCUGGCCUGCAUCAAGAAGCACCUCAGAUCUCAGGGCAUCACCAUGGAUGAGCUCCCGCUCAUAGGAGGCUGCGAGCUCGACCUGGCCUGCUUUUUCCGGCUGAUUAACGAGAUGGGCGGCAUGCAGCAAGUGACUGACCUCAAAAAAUGGAACAAACUCGCAGACAUGCUGCGCAUCCCCAAAACUGCCCAGGACCGGCUGGCCAAGCUUCAGGAGGCCUACUGCCAGUACUUGCUGUCCUAUGACUCCCUGUCCCCAGAGGAGCACCGGCGGCUGGAGAAGGAGGUGCUGAUGGAGAAGGAGAUCCUGGAGAAGCGGAAGGGGCCCCUGGAGGGCCACACGGAGCACGACUACAACAAGUUCCACCCCCUGCCCCGCUUCGAGCCCAAGAACGGGCUCAUCAGUGGCGUGGCCCACCGGAACGGCUUCCGAAGCAAGCUCAAGGAGGUGGGCCAGGCCCAGCUCAAGACGGGCCGGCGGCGGCUCUUUGCUCAGGAAAAGGAAGUGGUGAAAGAGGAAGACGAGGACAGAGGCGUCCUCAGUGACUUCCACAAGUGUAUAUAUAAGGGACGGUCUGUUUCUUUAACAACUUUCUAUCGAACAGCAAGAAACAUCAUGAACAUGUGCUUCAGCAAGGAGCCCGCACCAGCCGAGAUUGAGCAAGAGUACUGGAGGCUAGUGGAAGAGAAGGACUGCCACGUGGCAGUGCACUGCGGCAAGGUGGACACCAACACUCACGGCAGCGGAUUCCCAGUGGGGAAAUCCGAACCAUUUUCAAGGCAUGGAUGGAACCUCACCGUCCUCCCCAAUAACACAGGGUCCAUCCUGCGUCACCUCGGUGCUGUGCCUGGAGUGACAAUCCCCUGGCUAAAUAUUGGCAUGGUCUUUUCUACCUCAUGCUGGUCUCGAGACCAAAACCACCUUCCCUACAUUGACUACUUACACACUGGUGCUGACUGCAUCUGGUAUUGCAUUCCUGCUGAGGAGGAGCACAAGCUCGAGGACGUGGUCCACACGCUGCUGCAAGCCAACGGAACCCCAGGGCUGCAGAUGCUGGAGAGCAACGUCAUGAUCUCCCCAGAGGUGCUGUGCAGAGAGGGGAUCAAGGUGCACAGGACCGUGCAGCAGAGCGGCCAGUUCGUCGUCUGCUUCCCAGGAUCCUUUGUGUCCAAAGUGUGCUGCGGCUACAGCGUCUCGGAGACCGUGCACUUUGCCACCACCCAGUGGACAAGUAUGGGCUUCGAGACGGCCAAGGAAAUGAAGCGUCGCCAUAUAGCUAAGCCAUUUUCCAUGGAGAAGUUACUCUACCAGAUUGCACAAGCGGAAGCGAAAAAGGAGAACGGCCCCACUCUCAGUACCAUCUCGGCCCUUCUGGAUGAGCUCAGGGAUACGGAGCUGCGGCAGCGGAGGCAGCUAUUUGAGGCUGGCCUCCACUCCUCUGCCCGCUACGGCAGCCACGACAGCAGCAGCGCCGUGGCGGAUGGGAAGAAAAAGCCUCGAAAAUGGCUGCAGCUGGAGACCUCGGAGAGGCGGUGUCAGAUCUGCCAGCACUUGUGCUACCUGUCCAUGGUCGUGCAGGAGAAUGAAAACGUCGUGUUCUGCCUGGAGUGUGCCCUGCGCCACGUGGAGAAGCAGAAGUCCUGCCGAGGACUGAAGCUGAUGUACCGCUACGAUGAGGAACAGAUUAUCAGUCUGGUCAAUCAGAUCUGUGGCAAGGUAUCUGGUAAGAACGGCAGCAUUGAGAACUGUCUCGGUAAACCUACACCAAAAAGGGGGCCCCGCAAGAGAGCAACAGUGGACGUGCCGCCCUCCCGGCUUUCGUCCUCCAUGUCGUCCCGAAGUGCUUCGAGUGCAUCGUGAAGCUGCCAACACCGUGCUCAAUCGAGAUCUAUUUUUUUGUAAUUAUUACAUUCUAGUUUGGAGUACUUGCUGUAGGAUACAAGCUGUCUUUGCACUAGCUCUAAAGAAGAUUUUCUUCUGGUUUUAGAGAACUAAUUUUGUUUUAGCAUUAAACUGUUGAACUUUUUUUUGUACUUAGAAUACCUAGAUACUGCAGUCAGAUUUUUGAAACUGCCGUAUAUUCACUGUUUUAAAACCCUUGAGGGGCUGUAUUAAUUUGUAUCGCCCCUGUGGCUGACAAAAGCCUUUUUGUUUGAUUUUUUUUUUUUUUUGUAACUGUUGGGGGAAAAAAGGCUUUUUAACCCAUUUUUGAAGACGGUGAAGUUUGGAGAACAAAUUUUAAAACCAUCAGUCAUGUGAGCAGAUUUUUCUAGAGAGGAAAAGGGAUAGGAGUCACACACACACACACACACACACACACACACACACACACACACACAAAGAAACUUGAAAAGAAAUGGCUUUACUUUGGCUGUCUAUUCUUCUGUCAUGUGCAAGAUGAGUUUGUAAUUUUUUAAAACCGGAGAACCCCCAUUUUGUUUCUUUGGGCGGUUAUGGCAGCUGAAGGCGGACGUUGUUUCCUAACCAUGGGCAAAAUGAGGAGAUUUGCGUGACUAGGUUCUCUUUACCAGCACAUCACUAUGCAUCUGUUUAAAGAAAAAAGAAAAGCGAGAGAAGAAAAAGACUGCCUGCCUUGGAGGGGUCACGUGCGGGAAACCUGUGCCUGAUUUCAUUAGGAAAUCCAUUCUGUUAUUUUUUGGUGCUGUUGGCUACUUUAUCAAAAAACCCUUCAAUAGCAUCCUUAAGGAAAAAAAAAAAGUGAUUGAAGCCGUAAGUGCUUCUUUGUCAUAGACGUGCAAUCUUUCUAACAUUCCAUCUUCAUCUCACUGCUUGUUGUUUCACACCUUCACAAGUCAGCAUUAAUCCUUCUUUUUAAAUUUGUUUCGUUUAUGAUCAUUUAGAGCCACUAGGAGGUCUGCAGUUCUUUUUGAAUGUGAAAAUGCAUUUGCGCUCAUCUUGUCUAUUUUUUCUCUUCAUGUUGUAACAAAAAGAAAAAAAAAUGAAAAAAAAAUGAAUCCCAUCCUUUUGUACAUACGCCUGUAAAUUGUUUUAAAUACUUGAGCCUUUUUCUUGGUGGGGGGUGGGGAGGGGGGUGAGAAGACAAGAUGAAGAAAAGCCUUACAUUUCAGUUUCUUCAUCGGUUGGAUUGGAUGCUUACAGGGUUUUUCUUGUAACAUUUAUAAGUGCUGCUUACAUCACUGAACAACAACAAAAUAAUAAUGGAGUAGCUGUUGCCCUUCUCCGGUUGUGUGUACAGUAUGUGUGGAAUAAAAAAGGGAAACUGUUUUCACAAGCUGUUCUUUGUUUCAUAAUUGGAUUCAUCGAUCCCGUAGCUACCCAUAUUGCACUGAGCUUGCCAGUGGGACUGUCAGGAGCGUCCUGUGAUCCACUUUGUUGGUUGUUGUUGCAGAAGACUGAACUGUUUUGGAAUAUUUAACAAUUACAUAAACAGAGUCAAGUGUUUUCCAAUGUGGUUGUCCGGUUUUUAUGGCCUUGCUGUGUACUUUCCCUCUUUUUGACAGUGAACUUCUGCCUAUGGCUUACAGUUUGACAUUUAAUUUAUUAGCGCUGCUCUGCACUCCUCCCUUGGGAGGGAAGACUUCAUGUUGUUUAUUGCCAGUUUUUUGUUUACUUUUCAGGUUUGUACUACAAGGUUUAAUAAUAAAAACAAACUUUUUU